AUGGAUUUCUUAUCUGACUCUGAGGAUGGACAGCGAACAAGUGUUGCCGAAUCCCCCAAUAUGGUUACCCCUUCUAGCUGUAAAAGCUCUGGGGAUAACCCGACUCUAACGAAUGCCUCCUUGGAGGCUCUGCAAACCAGUGAGCAUCGAGAACUGAUGGAUCUGGUCGACCGACUUCGUCGUGCGGGGUUGAAUUCAGUGUUGCAACUGCCCCAGAUUGUUGUUUGUGGGGACCAGUCCUCUGGCAAAAGCUCUGUCCUGGAAGCGAUCACAGAGAUUCCAUUUCCCCGCAAAGAAAAUUUAUGCACUCGCUUUGCUACAGAGAUCAUCAUGCGCCGGGAUGCAGAAUCCUCCAUAAUUUGCAAAAUCAAUCCCGACGGCGGCCGUAGCGAGAGCGAGCAGAUUAAGCUUCGCAAAUUUUCGAGAAAUAUCAAAGAUUUUAGCGAGCUGCCUUCCCUUAUAGACGAUGCUACUGCAGAAAUGGGUCUCAAUGAACAUAGAGCAUUUGCAAAAGAUGUUCUAAGCAUUGAAAUCUGUGGACCAAACCGGCCUCAGUUGACACUGGUCGACCUCCCCGGCCUCAUACAUUCGGCCAACAAGUCACAAUCUGAGGGGGACGUCGAGCUUAUCAAAUCUUUGGUUGAGGAUUAUAUUUCCCAGAAGCGGACUAUAAUUCUUGCUGUAAUCUCGGCUAAGAAUGACUAUGCGAAUCAAGUGAUUCUUAAGAUCUGUCGAAGGUUUGAUCCAAAGGGGGCUCGCACUCUCGGUGUUAUCACUAAGCCUGAUUUUCUGCUACCUGGCUCUGAAAAUGAGCGGGUAUGGCUUGAUCUAGCGCAAAAUCGGGAUAUAUACUUUGAACUCGGCUGGCACUUGGUAAAGAACCGUGGUGACAAUGAGCACCAUCUGUCCUUUGCGGAACGGAACGUUAAUGAGAAUAUAUUCCUCAAUAGUGGAAGAUUCAAGGACCUGCCACAAGGCAUGAAAGGCGUUGACUCUCUCCUCAAGCGUUCAAGCAACCUUCUCUUUCAUCAUCUAAAGCGAGAGCUUCCGGUACUCAAGGAGGAACUGGACCUCAUGACAGAAGAUGUUCACAUGGAAAUUCAGUCUCUUGGUAAAAGCCGCCGAACAUUGAUGGAGCAACGAUCGUUCUUGGCCGAUUUCUUCCACGCAGCGUACGACAUAAUCAAGAUGGGUAUAAAUGGAAACUAUGAGGACAAAUUCUUUGGAAAGGUUGAUAUCGAUGCGCCAAUCGAUUGCGAAAAAAACCCACGACGACUCAGAGCGGUGGUUCAAUAUCUCAAUAUCCAGUUUGCAGAGCGAAUGAACAAACAUGGACACAAAUAUCACAUUGAAACUUCGGUUGAGCGUGACAGUGGAGGAAGAGAAUCGGAUUGCAAUUCCGACAACUCGGAGCGGGGUGCAGAAUGCCUGCCGCCAGAGCACACCGGGCCUCUCAAAUUAAGUCGGGAACAGGCGAUCGAACGCGUGGUUCGGAUGCUUGAGAGAAGCCGUGGCCGUGAAAUUCCCGGGACAUUUAACCCCAUGCUAAUAAGCCAUUUGUUUUGGGAACAGUCAGAGAGCUGGAUCCCAAUAGCACGUGACCAUAUCGAGAGAGUCAUUUCGACCUGCAAGAUCUUCUUGCGCCAUGUUAUGGAAUACAUUGCUUCCCAGGAAAUCAAACACCGACUGCUCGAAUUGACUGUCUUCCCUGUCUUAAAGAAGGCUCGCGAGGGGGCUUUCGGUGAACUCAGCAAGAUUGAAGAAGAUAAGUUGCGGCAUCCAAUCACAUACAAUCAUUAUUUCACAGACACUUUACAGAAAGCACAGUAUGAACUUUUCUCGGCUGGGAUUAAAGAAAUUAGUCAAAAAGCCACUGUGGAGAUUGACGAGAAGACGUGGAGCGGUGGGCGGGGAUAUGAAAAGAGGAGCUACGUCGAACCUGGGCUCUUUCGUGGAAUGCUUAACCAACUACUCGAACGUGACAUGGACAGAUUUUCUGCUGAGCAGGCGGUCAAUGCGAACGAUGCAUAUUAUAAGGCGGAACGAAAGUAUUUCAUUGAUGUGGUCGCCAAGCAAGUCAUCGAGCGUCAUCUGAUUGCUCCCCUGGCCAGUAUUUUCUCGCCAAAAGUUUUGGCCUGCUACAGUGACAAACAGGUCCAUUUUCUUGCAUCUGAAUCACCCAAAGUGGUUGAAUUGCGAGAACAUUUGGAAAACAAAAACAAGAUGUUGGAAGGAGGUCAAGAAGCAUUUCGCAUGGCGAUGGGACAAAAGUAUGAUGAUUAG